GCACCCGUUUUUAGUGUGAGCGUUGCGUGACGACCGACACUAAGAACGGAUGCGAGGGAGACUACUAAGACUGCAUCAGCUGCAGUAAAUGAUCAUGAGUUCUAUAUAUGUCGUGACUUUCUUAAUUGAAAUUUAACUCCGACCUCAUAGGAAAGCGAUAUCAAUGGAUGUGCAUUUGUUAAGGAAAGUUUAAUUAUAUUUCUGAUGUUCUUCAAACGGAUCGCUCGGGUGUGAAGACCACGUUCUCUCGAGGUACGAAGCUUGUUUUAUUACUAAAACUGUGGGAUUGUUUUAUAUGUAAACAAUGAUUUAAACACUGAUGACAUUACAGAGAACUUCCAUUCCUGGACUUCAUCAAGAUCUUACUAGACCUUUUUAUCCAUUUUAUUCCGGGUUGUAGUGGCAGGCGCUUCAUCGAGUCACAAUGCAAGAGUCUUAUCAGGAAGUCCAAAAUUUUCUUUCAAUGGCCAAAGAAGAUGACGAAGGAGGCUUAGCUCUGGAUUUGACCCAAGAAUCCUAUAAAGUCUUCCCCUUUGCCAUCUUAGAACUGAAGGAUCUUCGAACACUGAGGCUUAAUUUUAGUAACUUAUCUUCAAUUCCAACCUCUAUCAGUCGUCUCAUAAAUCUUAAAGUGCUGGAGUUAAAAAGUAAUGACUUCAAGAAAUUUCCACUUGCACUGUGCGAGUUAACAAAUUUAGAGCUCUUAGAUUUGUCCGACAAUGAAAUUGUCACGAUUCCAAGUGAAAUCACGAAGUUGAAAUCCCUCAAGACGCUAAAACUUCGUAACACGAAGCUUAAAGGAAUCUUGAGUGAGUAUAUAUCUGCACUAACAUCACUUGAGUAUUUGGAUGUGUCCAAAAAUGCUCUGAAUGCCUUCCCUGAAUCUUUCGCAAACUUAAAGGAACUUGAACGUUUGAAUAUUUGGCAGAAUUCAUUCGCCAAAGCUCCUUCUAUCCUGAUUGGACUUACAAAAUUGAAAAUCCUGGAUAUUUCGUACAACAAGUUAGAAGUGUUCGACUUGGAUCUCUUUACCUCAGGGAUUAAGGUUGAGGAUUUGGACUUGGAGGGAAACGAGUUGACCACCUUUCCCGAAAAGGUGUGCUCUUUGGAUAGUCUUCAGAGACUGGACGUUGGACGGAAUAAAAUAUCAGACAUUCCUGAAGAUAUCAAAAAUCUUCGAAAGCUCGAAGAGCUUUGGAUCAACAACAACAACCUCAAUGCUUUUCCGAAAGUAAUCUGUAAGCUACUUUCACUUGAAACUUUCAGUAUUUCGUACAAUAACAUUAAGGCUGUACCUAAUGAGUUGGCCUAUUUGAGCGAGUUGAAGAACUUGGAGUUGGACCAUUGCGGUCUUGAUGUAAUGCCUCUUUCUAUAUGCAUGCUCAAGAACUUAAAGAGGCUUUCUCUUGGAGGAAAUAACAUCCAGAAAAUCCCAAUCGUAGUGAAUUCCUUGCACGAGCUUUUGUUUAUCAAUCUGAUUGGUAACAAGGACUUAAAGAUACCAUCACAAAUUCUCAAGAGAGGAAUCAAGGCAAUUUUCAAUUACCUGAAUGAGACUGAGGUCAAGAAGACAAUAUACCAGAAAGUCAUCUUUCUAGGUAACGUCAGAGCCGGGAAGUCUAGUUUGUCCAACACAUUGAUCCAAGGAUCCUCGCAGCUGAGUGAUGAUAGAAACAGGACCGUAGUGUUGGACGAAAUGGCAUGGACACCUGAGGAGAAUUUGAGCCUACAAGUGUAUGAUUUUGGUGGCAGUGCUUGGUAUGACAUCGUGCAGCAUUUCUUCAUCGACAAGCAUUCAAUCAUCUUUCUUGUCAUCAACUUGGUUGAUUAUACGGAAGACAGUUACAUUGAAAAUGUGGAGAAAUGGCUUCAAAUCGUUCAAGCGAGAGCUCCUCGUGCCUAUCUCUUCAUAGCUGCAACUCAUAUCGAUUUGUUGUCACAACAAGAAGUUGCUGCUAAGAAAGCAAGUAUCUUGGAAAUCAUGAAAAGUAGAGAGGAAAGCCAAGUCGAGAACGUCGAAAAAGAAAUUGAGAGGCUGAAAAACCUUGGAAAUGAAGGCAAGACUGCGUUUGACCGCGUGAAGAAUUCCCUAAUGAAUCGACUAAUCCUUCCCACGAAGAUUUACUCUGUGUCUUCCAAGACACUUCAGAACAUGACAGAGCUGAAAUAUGAUCUUUUGGAAAAGGCAAAAGAACUUGGUCGUGUUAUCCCGCUGUCUUGGCAACGACUUUACCAUAGCUUACACACGUCAGACCUGUCGAAAUCCAAAAAGUUCCUUACAUACAAUGAUGUGGCGAAGUUGAACUACGAAACGACGAACGCAACCAAGGCUGGGUUCGUGCACAGUCCUUUUAUUACUCGAAAAGAAAACCAACACUCGCCUGAAACAGCAAAGCCCAAACUUUUGCGAACACCGACUGGAACCCAAAUGGAAUAUUCAAAAUUUAAGAAACCUCGGAAAAAGACUUCAGAAUACAAGGCUCCACCUUCCAGUGCUUUCCGAAACCCGACCGAAAACGAUGAAGAUCGAGAAAUCGGAUCAAUGACUCGAUUCCGAGUUCAAAUCCUCAAAGAAGAUUUUCCACAAUUGAGUUUCGACAAGGAUAGAGUUCAUGAUAUUUUGGCAUUCUUUCACAGUAUCGGAGAUGUGCUCUGGUACGAAGGCAAACCAGAGAUUAAGAACUUUGUAUUUCACAAUCAAAGUUUUCUGAUCGAUUUGUUGAAGCGUAUUUUUUCAGAAAGGCCCGAUGAGCUUGAAGUAAGAGGUGCUGUAUUAAUGAAACAUGGACUAACGUCAAAGACACUUGAGGCAGCUCGACAAGAACUUCGUACCAAAGGCAUCAUGUCAAUCAAGUAUCUGAGGGGCCUUUUAGACGACUUAGACGUCGAGAGUAAAAUGAUCGAUGCAAUAAUGCAGCUCCUAGUCCAUUUCGAUCUUUGCUACAAAGUGCAAGACGAGGUUCAAGAGAACCGCAUAACAAAGCUGCAUUUUCCUUGGUUUUUGAGUGACACUGUCGCCCAAGAAGCCACCAUGAUGUUGGAGCGUCCUCCAGCGUCUGGGAAUUGGAGAUUCAUCUUGGAGUACGAGUUUCCACUUGGGUGUCCUCGAGCACUUUUUGAGUCAAUGGCAGUACGUGUACAUCAAGUGGUCCCUGACCAUGAGAGCAUCAAGCACUGGAAGAACGGAGUCUACGCUAGAAUCCGGGAUACCAAGAUUAUGCUUUAUCGGACAUUUGACGAGUUGGAUACGAUUACUAUCAGUUUUCACGUGGAAGGCAAAGUGAUACCUGAUUUAUGGAGUAAUCUCGCCAGGCUGCAUAGGGAAUUUCGCAUCUUGAUGAUCAGAUGGCCUGGUAUUCUGCACGAGAUAUGGCUGGUCUGUCCGCACUGUACUAACGAAGGGUCGACGAAUCCUCAUCGGUUUCAAGGAGAAAACAUUGAAAGGUGUUGUCCAGAAAAUGAAGAAAAUUUUACCUGUCCUCACGCUGGUGAACAAGGGAGUAUUCCUGGAAAUUUAAUCUUCCCACAACAAGCAUCAAGCGACGUCCCAACCGAUGCAGAGUUAUCCAAAGUCGCUUACAUGGUCGGAAGCGAUUGGAAACUACUCGGCCGAGCACUGGGAGUAGAUGACUACGAAAUAGAUCAGGUGAACACCGACUAUGACCAGCUCUACGAAAAGGCGUAUCAAAUGCUGCAGCAGUGGAAGAGGGAAAGAGGAUCCAAGGCGCAUUGUGCACGUUUAAUAAUUUACCUUUUCAUCAUUACUGUUUCAUUAGAAACACCGACGCAGCUCACACUAGUUUUUAGCUAGUUAUAUCUUGGUAUAGUUCGUACCCAAGAUAGAUUCACAAAGCACUGAAUUAUCGAUUUCAGGAAGGGUAUCCAGCUGAGCGGUAAAUUUUAUUUCAGCCAAUCACAGCGCAUUUAGCUGUUUUGCCAUCCGGCCCGCUAAGAAAUAAAUAAAAUACACCUAUUUCAGUCAACGUUGUCAUCGCCAAAGGCGAUAGGCGAUAGGUCACUGACAUGCGCCGCGUUCAUCGCUCAGCUGGAUAAUUGAGAGUAUUCAAUGAAGAGCCUUCGUUCCUUUUGGUCACUAAUAUAUACUUAUCGAAAACGAAACCAACGUCCAUCGAAUUCCCAAUAAAAUGUUUACAUUUAGUACUGUAUGGGCGUAAAAAUUCUAAAUUUCAACGAAAUUAUAACUUUGGAGAAAAAAAUAAGAGAUGUAAUCAUUAGUUUUUCGAGUUCUUCUGAUAAAGAUAUUGAUAUAAUUCUGAUUACUGUAAUUUUUAUCGCUACUUUUUAACGAUCGUAAAAAGAUUUCGUUAAUUAAUUUUGAACAAUAUCAUUUCAGUGUUACUAAAAUCUUUCUCAAGUUUGCUUAAAGUGGGGUAAGAUGUGGGGUAAGAUGUGGAAUAACCCGAAAAUAUUUCAGUUUGAGUGCGGCUUCUUGAAGGCAUUAAUAGGUAUUUGUUGUUCCUUGUAAUUCGAAACACCGGCUUCUAUGUGAAAAUUAAUUUCUAUAAGAACAAUGGGAAAAACAGCGACGUAUUUCAAUUUUUUUUUAUUUAUGUGUGCCAGUAAUGUUUUGUAUAUUAAAUGAUUACUCCUCAUACGUCACAGCAUUAGCAUAUGGCAUGGAAAAACCUUUUUAACUUCAAGAACCCGCACUCAAACUAUAUAUAUUUUUCGGGUUAUUCCACAUCUUACCCCAUGUAGAAUCAAUACUGUGAAUAUUAGAAUUAGAAGGUUGAUAGGUACUAGCACCGUAUAGCAGAGCAAGUCAGUCCACUAUUUCCGAAGAUGAACUUGAUAUUUUCUGUAGUUUAUUUGUAUUAUACUUUCUUUAAUUCCGCUUUAUUUCAAAGGUAGAACAAUAAACAAAAUAUGAAAUAGCAAAA